AUGUCGUCGUCUUCCUAUACAACAAAGUACGAUGUAUUCAUUAGCUUCAGAGGUGAGGACACUCGCGAAACCUUCACUGUCCAUCUGUUUAACGCUCUGGCAAACAAGACAAUCCGAGCAUACAUGGAUUGUCUUCUCCAGAGAGGAGAUGAAGUCUGGCCAGCACUCGAGAAAGCGAUCGAGAGCUCGCUAAUAUCGAUCGUGGUUUUCUCAGAAAAGUACGCAACCUUGAAGUGGUGCUUGGAAGAGCUCGUCAAGAUUCUUCAAUGGAGGGAAUAUCACGGUCAGGUUGUUAUAUCAGUGUUCUAUAGAACUGAUCCAUCAGAUAUACGGAACCAAAGUGGAAGUUUUGAGAAGGCCUUUGCAAAAUACGAAAGAGAUUUUGCAGAGAGCCUGGUUGGAAUUGAAGAAAUCCGUAAGAUUGUUAAAGUCAACAUGAAGCAACACCGAGUAAUUGGAAUUUGGGGUAUGCGCGGGAUAGGGAAGACAACCAUCGCUAAAAUGUUAUUUGCAAAAUCCUUUCCUCAUUAUGACCAUGUUUGCUAUGCGGAAAAUGCAAAAGAAUAUACGCCUCAAAGGCUUCUUUCAGAGCUAUUGAGGGAACGAAUUACCACUGAUGCAACAGGAUUCGUGAACAGUAUGAGCAGCCUUAGCAAUAAGAAAGUUCUCAUUAUCCUCGACAAUGUGAAGGAUUCUGAUCAACCAUUGUUAGAAGCAGUGUGUGAAGGGUACAAGAGCCCACAGUCGAGAAACUCUGAACCAAGUUUUUAUGCUAAGUUACUUGUUGAGAUUCGCAUGCCGCACAGCCAUGUCAAGAAACUCUGGGAGGAAAAGCAGGAACUUAAUAAUUUAGAAGGGAACGACUUAAGCGAAUGCAAAGAGUUAGAAGAGCUUCCAGAUUUGUCUGAGGCUAAAAGACUCAGAUGGGAUUGUAGUCACUUGUUUGAAUUUCCUGACAACAUUGAUUCCUUAUCGAAAUUGCGCGAAUUAAGGCUAGAUGGAAGCAAUGUGACCUGGUUGCCUGCAACCAUCAAGUGUCUUCAAGAGCUGGAAAUUUUGUCCCUAAAUAAUUGCAAGUUUCUUGAGACACUGCCAGAGCUUCCAUCUUCUAUCAAGGAGUUCUCUGCUGAUAACUGCAUCUCAUUGGUGUUUGUAUCAGCUCUAAACACUCUGGCAACAAAGAUGGUGAGGAAAGACGAAACGCAUCUCCUUCAAUAA